AUGCGACCGGUCGACGGCGUUAGCGCUGGUGAUGGUGAGCAUGGCUUGGACUUGGGGCGACGGGCUUGCUACCAUGUUCGGGAGGUGCCGCUGCUCCAUUAUUUGAUGUUCAAUGUGCCCACAGACUGCGCUGAAUUGACUUCGGACGACUUGAAGACUGGACAGAACGGGACGGCGAUGGGACGGCGAUGGGAAAGGGAAGGGAGCCAAAUCACCGCAACGUGGAUCGCACGGAGCAUAUAA